AUGCAGUUACUACCUGCUGCUUUGAUUUCAGGCUUUUUGUUGGGCAGCCAGGCGGUUGCGUUAAGUGACGUUGACGAGAAACCAGGCAAAUACGUGCACUUGUCCUUUGACAAGCUGCGUGGUAACAGUUACGAAGAAGCUGGUAAGGGGAAUAAACCCAGUGCAGAGUUAAGGAAACGGGAUGACGGUUACGAGGAGAUUGAAAUAUACAACGAACAGAAUUUCUACUCGAUAGAGUUGGAAAUUGGUACGCCUAGUCAAAAUGUUACUGUGCUGCUGGAUACCGGUUCUUCCGAUUUGUGGGUUUCGAGUCCUGAGAAUCCGUACUGUAUAGACUCAGAUGAUACGAAACCGGUUACUCAAUUAUCUACAUCGACCUUGGCCACUUCCAGUGGAACUGCUACUUCUAGUGGUAACAGCGGUAUUGCCACUGUGGAUUGUAGCGAAUAUGGUACUUUUGACCCAUCCAAGUCUACUUCUUUUAGAUCCAACAAUACGGCUUUCUCUAUCAGUUAUGGUGAUACUACCUUUGCCUCUGGUACCUGGGGUACUGAUAAUUUCGACCUGGGCGAUCUAAAUGUCACGAACCUCUCGUUUGCUGUGGCUAACCAGAGUAACUCCACCGUUGGUGUUAUGGGAAUUGGUUUAGCUGGUCUCCAAAGUACAUAUGUUGGUGUGAAUUCCGCAUCCUCCGGUGCGUACCAGUACGAAAACUUCCCGAUGGCUUUGAAAUCACAAGGUAUUAUUGACCGUAAUGCUUACUCAUUAUUCUUGAACGAGCCGGAUGCUGACAAGGGUAGUGUUUUAUUUGGUGCAGUCGACCACAGCAAAUACUCCGGUCAACUAUACACCGUCCCAAUGUUGAACAUGUACAGGAACAGAGGUAUUCAGAAUCCAAUCGAAUUUGACGUUACAGUUCAAGGUGUGUCGGUGACAUCGGGCAGCACGAUCAGGAACCUCACCAACACCCAGUUUCCUGCUUUGUUGGACUCCGGUACUACUCUGAGCUACAUGCCUUACACUUUAACUCAACUGAUCGCUGGUGCAGUUGGAGCCCAGUACUCUCAAUAUACGGGUUAUUACUCCAUGCGUUGUCCUUCCGAGAACAACGAUACCCGGUUGAACUUUGAUUUCGGCGGAUUCCAAAUCUCCGCUAAUCUUUCCAGCUACCUAUUGAGUUCAAGAUCUUCGUCUAGUACGUGUUACUUAGGUAUGAUCCCACUGACCUCAAAUGCUGCCAUCUUUGGUGACAACUUCUUAGUCCAUGCCUAUGUGGUCUACGAUUUGGAAAACUACGAAAUCUCCAUGGCUCAAGCCGCAUUCAACAACAGCGACUCACAGAUCGAAGUCAUCUCAGACUCUAUCCCCAGCGCAGUCAGAGCACAAGGUUACUCAUCCACUUGGUCCACGAACCAAGCAAUAAGCACUAGCGGAUCCGGUAGUGGUAGUGGUACAGCAAGAACUACGACCACAUCUUCCAACGGAGCUUCUGGUGCGAGAAAUGCUGUAGGCGAUACAUUGGCUCCAUCACCACUAUUUCUACUAUUCGCCACUAUCAUCUCUUUUUUUAUCUAA